CGGGAAUACCCUCCCAGAGUCCAGUUGACGAUCCUUCGCUGCUCUUUCACCCAAAAAACAAAUCCUUCGCUGCUGAUUGAGAGACAAAGUAGACAAUAAUAAAGGAAGGAAAUGGCGGAAACUCUCAAGCUCCCAGUUAUCGACUUAUCCUCAACGGAUCGCAUAUCGACUGCUAAAUCAAUCCGCAGAGCAUGCGUGGACUUUGGCUUCUUUUACCUUGUAAAUCAUGGGGUUGAAGAGGAGUUGUUUAAGAGAGUGUUUGAAGAGAGUAAAAAUUUAUUCUCACUUCCCCUGGAAGAGAAGAUGAAACUGGCGCGAAAGGAACAAAGAGGUUACACCCCCUUUUAUGCUGAGAAACUGGAUACUUCCUUGAAUUCCAGAGGUGACCUAAAGGAGUCUUUCUACAUUGGUCCUGUAGAAGGCAGUAUGACUCUAACUAAUCUGAAUCAAUGGCCUUCAGAAGGAAAUUGUAGAAGCUCUGCCAUCUUGGAAACUCACAAUGGAAUCUUACCAUCAGACAGUCCUUCUGCAGUGAACCGGGGUGGGGGGAGGGAUUAUGCCAUGAGGAGGCAAGGAUUAGAUACAGGUUCACCGAUCAGAUCAGCCAAUCCUGCGCAAUACUGGCUGAUCUUUGAGGGAGCAUUGGUGGUGUUGGCUACUAUCAGCUGGAUCGGUGCAGGCUGAUCCCAAUCUGCAUAGGCCUAUCUUUCUGCCCCGUGCAGUCCUGAUACUUAAAACCUCGUGAGGGCUGAUGUUGUGAUAUAGCACAUCCAGACCAUCCAAAUUGUGGGUUUCUCUCUGGAUUAGCCACAUGUCAGUUUCCUUCAACACCCGCUCCAUCAGUCUCCUUGUAUGCAUUUCUGCUCUAGUAAUAUUUUCGGUGUUCUUAUUUUUCUUAACUAACGAUGAGGGUUGAAGAUUUCUCUUGCAACCAUCUGACCUGGCGCUG